CGAUCAGCUCGAAGAGCUCUAGCGAGCGAUCCGCAUGACAGUUGUGUCGAGAUUGCGCCGAAGUCGCGAAGUGCCGACGACAACGACGACGGCGAUAAUGAUGCACGACGAAGCGUUGUUUUCACAAAUUUUAAGUCUGUUGAUGUACGAUUAUCAGUGAUAUUCUCGUGGAUUACUAGUGAAAUUCUUUGAUUACACGAGCGUGUUUCUCGGCGUGUUCGUCGAAGAGAAUUUGCAAUAGGCCGGGCCUGUCGGUAGGAAAAUGGCGGCGCGCCUUCUGCAGCGGCGACGUCGAACGACGUGGUGUAUCUGAGAAAUCGUCGUUCGUGCGAAAUAAUCGCUCCGAAUCUUUAAAAAUCGUCGCCUUCUUUUUAAUGUCUCAAGCGAGACAAUCUCCGCACAUAAUUCGAUUGGCGGAGUAAUCGCGAGCGGUGUGGCCGGAGUGACAUUCGCUCCGGACAAUGUAUGAACGGUGUACAGAUUGUACGGGAUAUACGCUCGAACAACAACGGUUACAGGAAAACAACAAGGCAGAGUAGUGCGUGCGGUACGCAUAGCGAGUCGCGCUCGCUCCCAGAAGCGGCAAGUGCUCUCACGCGAGCGCUCUUAUGCGAGUGAGCGCCACGAGUCAGCGGCAUCGGCAGUGGCACGGACCGCGGUGACAAGUGUCUCAUCGGCGAGGCGGCACCUCGCCUCACCCCCGCGGUCGCCGGAGGAUGAUACCGUGGCCGGCGGCAACGGUCGUCGCCGUCCGCGAGUCUCACGCGCGAUCCAGCGAUCGACGUUGAGCCGCGGCGGCCAAGGCCGGCGGUCUUCGACGCUCGGUCGCAAGAACGAUUCCUCGCGGAUCCGCGACAGCGGAUUGCGCGAUCACCACGGCGGACCACCGGCUGCUCCCGCGGAAGCUCAGGAAAGAUGAGAGGCGUCCGCGACGGUGGCAUGGCGAGCCUCCUCGCCCUGGCGCUCCUCUAUUUGCUCCACGCGUCGUAUCCUGUGAACGGUGCAGGAAAUCUGAAGUGCUAUUGCGAUAUAUGCUCGAAAACAAAUUACACUUGCGAAACCGAUGGUUAUUGUUUUGCCAGUACGAGCCUGAAAAAUAACGUCAUUUCGUAUGCUCGAAGGUGUUACAAUAAGAUGAACUUCUUUCCGGAUACUGAGUACUCUGUCUGGUGCACCACAAACGGUACGCUGCGCGGUCGAGAUGGCAUCGAAUUCGUGAUCGCUUGUUGCGAUCAUUCUGACUACUGCAAUCGCGAUCUAAGGCCUUCCUUUCCUACUUACGAGUCCAGAGGUCGGUCGAAUUCUCACUUUGCGAACCACCUCGAAGGAGUAUCGUCGAGUGGUGAUGACGCAACAUGGGUUACCUGGAAAAUGGCCUUGACGAUAGCAGUACCAAUAUGCGCGAUCUGCGUGGUCGUAAUGGCAAUCUAUCAUAUACACAUGACCAAAAAGAGGCCGGCUAGGCACUUUCCGGAUGACUCGCUGGAGGCUCCGGACCGACCAAUUCUGGGCGGCGUCACUAUCAGGGACAUGUUGGAGAUGACUACGAGUGGGAGUGGCUCAGUAGGCCUGCCACUUCUGGUACAACGGAGCAUAGCGCGCCAGAUUCAGCUGGUAGAAACGAUCGGAAAAGGCCGCUUCGGCGAGGUAUGGCGCGGUCGUUGGCGCGGCGAAAAUGUUGCUGUAAAGAUCUUCAGCUCGCGAGAGGAGAGAUCUUGGUUCCGGGAAGCCGAAAUUUAUCAGACGGUGAUGCUGAGGCAUGACAAUAUUCUAGGUUUUAUCGCUGCCGAUAACAAAGAUAACGGCACGUGGACACAGCUAUGGCUGAUAACGGAUUAUCACGAGAAGGGCUCGCUCUUCGAUUACCUCAACAGAUCGACCGUCGACACGAACGGUAUGAUAAGGAUGGCCUUGUCGAUCGCCACUGGCUUGGCACAUCUUCACAUGGAAAUAGUCGGCACGCAAGGCAAGCCGGCCAUCGCUCAUCGGGACCUGAAGUCAAAAAAUAUCCUUGUGAAGACUAAUGGUACCUGCGCCAUAGGCGACCUCGGAUUGGCCGCCAGGCACGACGUAAUCACGGAUACCGUCGACAUUCAGCUCAACAACAGAGUCGGCACGAAGAGAUACAUGGCGCCUGAAGUUCUUGAAGAGACGAUAAACAUGAACCACUUCGACUCAUUCAAGAGGGCCGACGUGUACGCACUCGGUCUGAUCCUUUGGGAGAUUGCUAGACGUUGUAAUGUCGGUGGAAUUCACGACGAGUAUCAGUUGCCCUUUUACGACUUGGUGCCUUCCGAUCCAACUAUCGAGGAAAUGCGGAAAGUCGUGUGCACUGAUCGACAGCGGCCAUCGAUACCGAAUCGAUGGCAGUCGAUCGAAGCUUUGCAAGUAAUAUCGAAAGUAAUGAAGGAAUGUUGGUAUCACAAUGCCGCCGCCAGGCUAACCGCACUCAGGAUCAAGAAAUCGCUCGCUAAUUAUGGCGCUAUAGACGACCUGAAAUAGAUUAAGCUGUUGCCGAGCUCUUCAACAGAAAAGCGACAAAAGUCGAUUGAAUCAUAUAUGCAAAUGUUGCUAUUUUGAAAUUUGACGCGAUAGAGCUUCCGGCAGGAUGAAGAAAUAUUUCGCGUAGUCGAGAAGAAUCUGGAACAGACUAAAUG